AUGUGUGCAUCUAAGCUGUUACAGACGGUACAACGUGACCAGGAGUUCACAAAACUCCAAACUGAACUUAAAAAUGAGUUCGAAUCUGAUAUAUCGGUUGGUGGUCCUGUAUUCCGUAGGGUAGUAGAGAACACAUUUGCAGCUAUAGAAAAUGCCGAUACAGGAGAGUCACCAGUUGAAUUGAAUGCCGAAUGCAUAGUCAUGCUGGAAGACAUAGCUAAAACAGGACGUUGCGCAUACCCAUGGCCCAUAGUUAAACUACUGCUACUUGUAGUAUGGAGCCGGCUAUUUGACGAGGUAUAUGCUUCAGAAACUGCUAAUGGAGAUGUACUUGUUGAACCAAAGGACUACUCAGAUGAACGGUGCUACUGCCUUUCGAUACUGGCAGCCUUCGAACGGGAGCCAUUAACAUUGCAACGCCUGGCAGAGAUACCGAUAAAUCAACCUUAUACCAAGGUUGGAAAGCUUAUGCACGCUUUUAGAAAGGUCAUACAAGUCCGCGAAAUGUUAACAAAAGAAACAGACAAGGCAGGGGGAAAUUUCUGCCCAGAAGAAAUAAAAGAAUCUGAUAUAAUCAAACGGACAAUGGAUGUCAUAGCAUAUUGGGGAAAGACACUAGAAAAUCCUUUGAGACAUACAUGGGAUGAUGACCUAUGGCUGGGUCUGUGGGACUCUAGUGACACAACUCAACCGGUCCAGACCAAACGGCCUCUGGAAGCAUAG